UACUUUAUAAUUGAAAACCCGUUUCCAGGCACUGCUCUAGAAAAGGAACUGUAUGAAAAACUCUCACUGAUCUCUUUCAUACAACGACUUCUAACACAACGUUGUGCCAGUUUCUUUGGUCGUAAUGAUAAAUUUUUGCUUUUGUCACGUGAACGAGGUUGCAGUGGUUUUAUGGAUGUGGGCACAGCUCAAGAAAAACCACCUUUAAUAUUGAAAAAUGUUCUAAGCUAUGAUGAAAUCAAGUUAUCGGCUUUGUUAAGCGUUUCUUCACAUACGGAACUGAUCAACAAUGGCAAUCGUCAGAAUUGCGGAGUAAUAGAGAAAAAUAAAUCUCUUAUAGAGAGAUCAGGAGUAGUAGUGGGUAUUAUAGGGGCCCGCUUAACCAGAAGAGAUGUUAUGGAAUUUCAGGAUAUUAUUAUAGCAAAAACACAAAACACUAAAGAAAAUGGUUAUGGUUUCGGCAUAGCUGAGGAUACUACCAAUUCUAAACAUAAAGAUUAUCGUCGCAUCUGGAAACAGUUUUAUGAGGAACCAGACUUUCUCUACAAUCAAGUUAUUAAAGAUGGCAAACGCUUUGGUGCGUCAAAAAAUAAAGAUGAUAUUUUUGAUAAUUUAAUAAUGAAAAAACGUUAUACGAUAUCCUUUGAUACCUUACUACUCGAAGCUGAGGCUAGAGCCAAGGCUGAGGGAAAACAAGCUUAUGUUCAUGUAGUGGGUAUAGGUUUGGGCGUUUGGAAGGCAGCUGAACAACAAGAACAAAUUUUUCUACAGACCUUUACACAAAGAGUAAAAUAUCUAUUGCCUCAGUUACAACACAUUGGAGUCUUACAUUUCUCUUGGUUUUCUCUAAGCGAGUGUGGAGAAUUAAAAAAUGGUUAUGUUUUCAAAUCGGAAACACAUCCUCAGGGUGGUAUUAAAUGUUUUCUAUCGAAAAGAAAUCCUGCUGAUAAAUUAAAAACUCCAGAAAAUGAUAAUAUGCUUUUGGUUAUAUCUUAUGCCUGGGAUGGUAAUGCCUUACCGGGUAAUGAGUUUUGGAUGAAAAUGUUAAAAUCUACUGGUGAUUCUUCUACUGCCUGCAGUACCCUGAUAACUGAAUUACAUAAUCCUCAUAUUAAUAAUGAAUAUGUUACUGGUGAUAAUUUACAUGUGGCCACUGAAAAAUAUGGCAUUAUACAUAUAGCUGAUUAUGCCAAAAAAAUGUUCGAAUAAUAAUUUUUCUAGGAACAAUGUAAAUAUUUAAUGUAAUUUGUUGUAUUUAUUAUAAAUAUUUUUUAGUUAAAUUUCUGUUUUAUUCUAAUUAUUGUGCAAUAUUUUUAUAAAAAUACAU